AUGAAUGUCAUACGCCUUGAAGAUCUUUCGUGGAAGUCAAUCUUCAACAGCAUGGCGGCAUGGCUGCAUGAUUGUGACAAAGCGCACAUGGGCUGUCCAAGGGUCGAUGAACCCGCACUUCCAACGAGAGUCCUAGAUCUCGGUGAGAGCGACACUUGCGAAAAGAUAAAGCUUCAUAUCAGUGUACCCUUGCAGCAUGGUCGAUACGUGGCUCUCAGUUAUUGUUGGGGUGGCCCCCAGCAGAUGACAACCACCACGACCACGAUAGAUUCGAUGAUAGCAGGGAUUGCGCUAAACUCGGUCCCCAAGACAAUAAGAGAUGCUAUUCAGGUAACAAAAAAGCUCGGAAUCAGAUAUUUAUGGAUAGAUUCUCUUUGCAUUAUCCAAGAUGCCGGCUACGACAAAUUGUCAGAAAUUGCUUCAAUGGGUGACAUAUACAAGAACUCAACGGUCACAAUUGCUGCUUCUUCUACGGAAAGUGUUUUCGAAGGCUUCUUGGAUGAUAAAAUACCUUGGGACAUAUGCAGACUUCCGCUCUAUCUUGACGAGGACUCUUCUGGUACCAUCCAUUUUGCACAGCAAACAAAAUGGUCAGCACGUGAUCAACGUUUAUUCACCCGUGGCUGGGCCUUCCAAGAAUUCAUGCUUAGCCCACGGGUUAUACUCUUUGACGACGUUCAGCCCACAUGGCAUUGCUACUCCGAGUCUUUUCGAGCCCUAGUACCAGGUUACAUCGAUUAUAAUCAUCCAGAGAAGUUAACCUUCGGCUCUAUACUCGAAAGCCGACGACACUCAACUUAUAAAGGCGGAAGAUCAAGAUUAUGGGCAACUCUUAUCAACGAAUACUCCUCUCGUGACUUGACAUUCUUUGAAGAUAGACUUCCUGCCAUAUCUGGGAUUGCCAUGGAAUUUAGUCUGCUGUGGGAAGACGACUAUAUCGCAGGCUAUUGGAAGAGUGACUUGCCCUUGCAACUCGCAUAG